GAAUGGGUCACACGCACUUUUUAGAAGUCACGUCAGUUUGGAAGAGGAGUUCGACCCACCUGAUGAUCCUUGGCUCAAUCCGCUCCACAUUAAUCUACCUCUGACAUUAAACCAUCUGCGCGCGUGCGUUUCAUAUCAAACCGCAUUCGCUUUUUGUAACUUCUAGUGUGUAUUUUAAAGGAGCGGUGCUGUCAUUAUCAAAGCCUAAAUUGCACUAUAUCGUCUUUGCUUUUUAUUUUUUAUUUUUUUUGCACUUGAGAGCAUUUUUGUGAGGAUGCAUACCACCCAAAAGGACACCACUUACACCAAGAUAUUUGUCGGUGGUCUUCCGUAUCACACGACGGACUCCAGUCUAAGGAAAUAUUUUGAAGUGUUUGGCGAAAUUGAAGAGGCAGUGGUGAUUACCGACAGACAGACCGGGAAGUCCAGGGGUUAUGGAUUUGUGACCAUGGCAGACCGCUCCGCUGCAGACAGAGCCUGUAAGGACCCCAACCCCAUCAUUGACGGCAGGAAGGCCAAUGUUAACCUGGCUUAUCUCGGAGCCAAGCCACGGGUGAUGCAGCCAGGUUUCACUUUCGGCGUCCCUCAGAUUCACCCGGCUUUCAUCCAAAGACCAUAUGGGAUCCCCACUCACUAUGUGUACCCGCAGGCCUUCAUGCAGCCCAGCGUGGUCAUCCCUCACAUCCAGCCAGCGGCGGCCUCCGCCACCGCAUCCUCGCCCUACAUCGACUACACGGGCGCAGCCUACGCACAGUACGCCAGCGCUGCCACAGCGGCGGCCGCCGCAGCCUACGAGCAGUACCCGUACGCGGCCUCUCCCGCCGCGACCGGCUACGUAGCCACCACCGGCUACGGCUACGCCAUGCAGCAGCCGCUGGCCACCGCCGCUCCAGGGACCGCGGCCGCGGCCGCCGCCUUCGGUCAGUACCAGCCCCAGCAGCUGCAAGCCGAACGGAUGCAAUAGCAACCAAAGAGGCGGACGGGAGUCGACGCCCAGCUACACGAUGAAGACGAAAAUAGUUGCUGGUUGUGGGUUGACUGCAAGAGGAGGAAGACGAGGAGCAUACAGGAGGGGGAUAGUAAUUGGUAGAGAGAUUAUUAGUGAGAUGGAAACUCCAACUUGCUGUGAUUAAAGAAAACAAAACCAAAAAAAGAAAAAAAGAUCGCAGAAAAGGACGGAAUCUAGCUUUUUAUUUAUUAUUAUUAUUAUGUUAUCUUUAUUACAAUAAUUAAUAUUAGAGUAGGAUAUUUAUUGCGGAAGGAGGUAUGCAGCGACUAAUCACUGUGGUAGACGAAACCUUAAGUCCCGAUGCUGUCAUUUAAUGUAGGCGACCGUUUUUCCGGAAAUGUCCCGCAUUGUUUUGAUCCUAGGGCCUCUUAACUUUAUAUUUAUUCUCAUUUUUUUGAGGGCUCUCUUUGUUCUGUCUUCUUCUCAAGUGCAUUUUUUUUUGAUCAUCAGGGAAAUGGAGCAUUUUUCAGCGAAUUAGAAACAACAAACUCUGCCAAUCAGGGAUAGUAGACCUAACUGUGGCGAUCGCGAAUGGAGAAAGAUCCAGUGUUAGCGUGUUUUAUGUUUUGUGAACUACCUUUUUAUCUAUCUGAUGCUGAAUGUCCCCACUUUCUCUGACUCCUGCGUUGACCUCCUGACCUAUGCAAAGCAAACAGGGGGACGAAAACGAAGUGCAGGAACGGGAGAGGUUUUCUUUUUGCUCCCUCACAAUGGGCAUCGAACAAUUUGAAGGUACUCUUCGACAAAAAAAGGCAAAAAGACUUGUAUUAUAUGCUUGCAAAAAAACACACACAUACGGACUAACAUGCACACCGUUACGCAGAAAUUUAAGUGUUAAUGUCUGUCUGUGGGCGAGGGAGGACGCAUAAACACACAAAGAUGACUAUGUAGGGAAAAAAAGCUCAGUAUUAGUACUAGAAUCAGGGAGCAACUGCUGUGUUGGAAGGAACAGGCACUGAUAUACACACUCACACACACACACACACACACACACGCAGUCGGAUUGCUCUGGAAAGAUCACUGGUUCGUCGAGCUGUCGCCUUUUCAUCCCUCGGAACCGGGUCUGUCGACGUUUCCUUAUCCCAGAGAGGGUUCGGAAGGAUUGACCUGUGCAACCUCCCAACAUCCGUGACGGAUCUUGUGAUAAGGGAGGCUAUCCGCUAUCGGUCUGGUCUUUAUAUGUUCACGAGCACCAGCACACUUCCUAAGGUCUAUGUAUUUCAAUGAGCGACUCUUUACAGAACAGCACUAUAGCGAAAGGAUCCGAGGGUUCUUUGUGUGCCUUACAUUUGUAAUGCUAUUUAAAGAGAUCUGCUAUUUAAGAUAUUUAUUUUGUUGCGCUCUAAGAUCAUCGACUUAGAAGCGGUACUGUAUGGAUAUAAUGUAUUCAUCUCAUGGCAUAUUAUUAUUAUUAUUAUUAUAAGUUAUUGAGUAGGCUUAGUUGUAGUAUUAUAUUAACAUACUCAACCAAAAGUGUUGUUGUAGGACUUAUUUAAGAUGCAAUUCUGUAUGUGCACUGUACAAUUAUCUUUUUUUUUUCUCAUUGCAUUUGGAAUUUUAGAACAUGACAUUAAAUAUCGGCUAUCGUAUGACAUUUAUUUUAUUGCAGGCCUGUUGUUUUGGGCAUGUUAUCUCCAUUUUUUUUUUUUUUUUUUUUUUUUUUGUUUUAUCCAGAACUGUUUAAAAGACUUUUUAAAAAAAAAAAAAGGACAAAAGAAGACCGAAGGGACAUGCUGCUUCAUACACUAGAAUGUAUUGUCAAUGUCGAGGAUGGAUGCUGUGCUUCUAUUGCUUUAAAUAUGCAUCAGAUGGGCUAUUUUACACUGUUGAGAAUUUUUAUACUUGAACUCUUUCUUACAAGGGAAAAUAUGAAAAACAAAAAACAAAAAAAAAACAAGAAUAAUAAUAACAACAACAACACAAAAAAAUUCAUUGUCACUGGAUUUGGGCAUGUAAAGUGUUAUUAUUGACUAUUUAAAUGCAAACGUUCUGUAGGUAUUUAAGCCUUAUUUCAGAUUUUCAACACUAUUUACUCUAAAUGGAAAUAAAAAGGUUCUAUAUUUAAACCUCAAA